UCCGCACAUACUUGUCAAAAUUGCAUCGUACUGUGAAGUCAAAAUAAUUAGAAAUUUCUAAUUUUCCUUUUUUUCUCGAAUAUAUUUCCACUAAAUUCCGCUGAAACAUCGAGAAUAUAAACCCAACAGUUUAAAAUGUCGGACAGGUUAAAAAAUACGGGCCAACCUAACGAGGAAAUUAUAGAUGAAUUGACAAAAGAUUUAAAAACUUCGCUAAAUACCACGGAAUCGGUUGAAGAGUUCGUUAUAAGUCCUGGCACGAGCGCUGAAGACUUCCCUAAGGCUUCCGGGGACGCACCACACACAAGCGACACACCAACACAUUCCGACACCAUAGAAGACCAGGACCUGGACCGAGACUACAAGGAUGACGAUGGAGCCAAAGCAGACAGCGACACAGAUAUAGACGAGACUUCUCUCAAGGAUGCUGAAGUGGACCUCACCGAUGACCAGAAGGAAGAACGGAAGAUUAUAGCUGAAGAGUUGAAGAAGUGUGGCAAUGAAGCGUUUAAGAUCGGUGAUUAUGAGAGGAGCAUUGAGAAGUAUACUGAAGGAUUACGAACAUGCCCCCUGCAGUUUUCUCAGCAGCGUUCAAUAUUAUACUGCAACAGGAGUGCAGCGCGGAUGAAGUUACAGAAAUAUGCUCAAGCCGUCAAGGAUUGCACCAAAGCUAUCGAACUGGAUGAUAAAUAUCUAAAAGCUUAUAUCAGGAGAGCUCAAUCAUACGAGGCGACAGAAAAAUUCGAUGAGGCACUAGCAGAUUUCAAAAAGAUCUUAGAAUUAGAUCCAGAUCAUAAGGAGGCUAGGCAGGCUACCAUCCGUCUUCCCCCAUUAAUAGAGGAAAAAAACGAAAAACUCAAAACCGAAAUGUUAGGAAAACUCAAAGAUUUAGGCAAUAUGAUUCUAAAACCAUUCGGUCUGUCCACGGAAAAUUUUCAAAUGGAGCAAGACCCGGUAUCGAAGGGCUACAAAAUUAAUUUCAAACAAUGAUUUAUUUUAAGCAAAUUGUGAUAAUAAUGUUAUUAUAAAAUAUUUAUGAGGA